GCUGUUGCAGGGAUGCGCAGAUGCAUGUACGGAUAUCUCCUUGCACGGUGGUGGUGAUGAGAGGCAUUAUAAAAUUAGAGAGGUCAAAUAGCCACGAAAUCUGAUAGACCUGACAGGCGCAACUGGAACGAGUGGAUGUGUCAGUCACUCUUCAUCUGUCCAUACCACACAUCACACAGCCAUGAGCUCAAGGGACCUGAUCAAGACCAACGACAAUGCCAUCACCCCAUAUACUACGACAAGGACAAAAUACAAGUCCAAUGUGCCACCGCCACCACCACAGCAGGUUCUAGAGGAGGAUGAGUACAUUGAGGCCCUCAGUAAGAUCAUCGAAAGAGAUUUCUUCCCAGACCUUGCCAAGCUGAAGCGACAGCAUGCAUACCUGGACGCAGUCGAUAUGAACGACAUUGAGCGGAUAAGGGCCACCGCCAAAGAUAUCACCGGCAAUGACACUCCAUUGGGAAAGCGGAGACUCAGGACACCAGCUGCAACGCCAAGAAUCCAAAAAGCAGGAUUGCCGGAUCAGUCAUGGACACCUGCCCGAGUAGACAUCGGAAAUGCCACCCCGACUUGGGGCGAUGACAACAAAACAUCAACAGCUGGUCUGGGCGCAGCAGAUACGCCCCUGAUCGAAACACCCUCGACCACCAACCGGAAACGACGAACCGGGGAUUCAGGAUCCGAUGCAGAAAAGGAUGUUGUCGAUACGUCAUUAUCAUUGGACCAGUUUCAAGCGCGAUAUACCAGCGAGGACAAUGCUUCUUUCAACGACAUCGUGGAAAAGAUAAACGCGCAAAAGCGAGAGAAGUAUCGCUGGAUGUAUGAGCAAGAAAAAAAAAGCCAGCGACUAAUCGAGAAUAAGGACGAUCCGAAUCAGAAGCUGUUGACUCAAGCUGGCGAGGUCGAAAAUGGAGGAGUGGAUGCCUCAGCCAGUAAUGAAUCUCAGGACGAAGACUCCAAGCUCGCACUGAUUAUCGCAACUGACAAGAGAUCAGGAGUCAUUCCUACAUGGGAGUACAAGGCCAAAAACGCAUUGAUGUAUUAUCCUGAGGGUCUAGGCACCCAUCUUGAUGAGGAAACCAUCCGGGCAAGUCCAAAGGAAAUUGCGCACAGGAAUACAGGAUUCCAAGGGCGCGACUUGUUGAUGGUCAACCAAGCAGCUGCAGCCAAGAUCGAUCCAACGUCAUAUCUGAAAGGAAACUCUACGGACUCGCCCAAGGUUGCAGGCUAUGGCUUUGUUUCGUCGACUCCCACGCCAAGCAUGUCGCAAAUGGGAGAUGAUCCGGAAAUGAUGACCUGGGGAACUAUCGAGGACGAGCCAUUGCUCAUCAGCUCUGGUGUUAGCGACUCUGGUCCAUCUCCUUUUAAACUUCCGCCGACAUCACGUCGUGAAUUGAUCGCUCAAAGACUCACGGAAAAGGCGUCGAAGAGCUUUAGGGAAAACUCGUCAUUGAAGGCCAAGGUUUUUGCUUCUCCGUCAUUGUCGGCACUUUCCGAGUACCAGCGUGCCGUUGGAGGCAGCACACCUACCCCACGAUUCAAUGCACCCUACAAUGCGGUAUCCACGCCAGGGAGAGAAACUCCGGGGGGUCGAAACUCACGGUCUAGUGCACGCAUGUCCAGUCCAAAUCCGAGAGCCAGGGCUGAUAUGCUGUCGCCAGCAGGAAAAAGACUGCUCGAUAAGGCCAGGAGCAGCAGCAGUCGUGGAGCGGAUCAUCAGCUCAGAUCAUCGUAUGGUAGUGUCACUCCUCGUGCAGUGGCUACCCCAACGCCUGGCGAUCGACACACACCCGUGACACCUUCUCCGUUAACGAAACGACAGUAGAUAGGAUGGUCCUUUUGGCGUUCAGAUCCAUUGUACAUAAGAAAUCUCUAUUAUCUGAAUACAAGGACUCGUGGUUUUAGUGGCGAAACCAUUGCAUAUCGCCAUAAAGUCACUUGACAGGCAAUGAGUGUAAAGAGAAGGAU